AUGGGUAACCAGAUUGCGGGCUCUAGUCCCGCGGGUUCUAGCCCCACAGAACCCAAAAUCAUAAACCCAGGGGGGCGAACCUGCGAUACCUGUGGCACGGAGAACAGGGUUGUGUUUUUGUGUAAGGAUUGUAGUCAAGUUUUUUGUCCCGCCUGCAAAGUAAGUCACGUGUCCGACCAUCGUUCUCAUGACGUUGUAUAUUUAUUUGAAAACAGAAACAUCAAAGCAGUAUCCCUGGAGACGGGAAACACGUGUUAUUUUCAUCCUACAAAUUCAUAUCAGGCUAUUUGUCGGGAGUGUGAUAUUUUAGUCUGCCAUCAGUGUGUUUUCACGCAACAACACAAACACCACGAAUUCAUCCCAAUUCACGACGUCAUUAAUCUUCGCAAAAACGAACUUCUUCAAGAAACCAGGGAUUUGAAGCAAAUUCUACUUCCAGAGCUUACGAGGACGUUAACAGCCAUCACAAAUAAGCAGGAAGAGGCUGACCAAAUCGGCGAGCGCCUAACGAAAGAUAUAAAUGCACAGGUGGAUCGAAUGGUGGCGGAAAUAAGUGACAUUCGAGAUGAACUCUUGAAAAUUGUGGAAAAAAGAAGAAAGCCCGAUAUAGAAAACCUUGGUCACAAACGAAAGGAAGUUGAGGAACACAUCGCCGAUAUUCAGGAACUGACACAAAACUGUGAGGAGGAACUUAAUUCCAGUUCAAAGACUAUAACUGAACUCUUUAGCUACAUUAAAGAUACUCAAUUCAAGGUAGUCGAUAUGUAUAAAGAACACACUGUCCCUCAGCUAACGAGGUACAAGUUCUCACAAGGAUACAUAUCACGAAGAGGCGUUGGUGACCUCUUCGGCAAGGUAGAUGAGAUUAAGGGGCCUGGUACUGUUCCAAAAGUGAAUCUCAAUACUCACCGCCGUAAAGUUGAUUCCUGUCAUUCUAUCAUAGACGAAUCGGUUUUGUCGUCAUUUCAGACGCAUAGUAGAAGUGAUUUGACAUUUGUGCAACCUAUCAAUGCCAAUGAUGCGUGGACGAAAAGCGCGGCAUCAAGCCUUACUCUGGUACGUAUCGGAGGUUCUGAGGUGAAGCAUUUCAGAAUUGACUUUAGCAUUGAGGAUGCAACUGUGUCUCAGUCAGGUGAUCUCUACGUCACUUCCCUAACAACUGGAAAAUUUCAUCAGGUGAUCAAAAUAUCACAAAAUGGUCGACCACUAGAAUUUUCGAAUCUGUAUCCAUAUGAACCUUACGGUGUGUGUUGUACCAGAGACAAUGAUCUUCUGGUAUGUUUGCAGAAAAAGGGAGAUAGUCACAUAGUUCGAAUUUCCAUCGCCGGGCGCAUUAUCCAGAGGAUGAGAUGGAGCAAAGAUGGCAAUCUGAUAUUCAAGCAGCCACUGAGAAUCGCGGAAAACGGUAAUACCGAUAUUGCGGUGGUGGAUACUGGUCUCCAAGAACUUGUUGUUUUGGGUCGAGUCGGAACUGUCCGGUUUCGCUAUGAUGGGAAGUCAGGAUUCAAGCGAAGUAAUUUCAGUCCACGCUGCGUAGAAUGUGAUAAGCAAAACAAUUUCGUGGUCUCGGAUUUUCGAGGCGACUGCUUACAUAUCAUCGACAAGGAGGGAAAAUUUUUGCGUGUUCUUACGUCAAAUAUGAUACAACAACCAAUGGGUGUCGGGAUAGGUCGUGAUGGCAAACUUUGGAUCACGCAAUCAAAGAGCAAGGUCAACGUUAUCAAGUACCUUGCGUGA